UAAUGGAGCAUUUCUGAUGGGAAAAAGUUAUUUUCUCACUGUCUGUAUUGCGUCAGUUUACAUGACAGGACCAGUUAGAUGGGGAGUUUUUGAAUGCGUCUAACUAAUACUCAUUGCUAUACGUAUCUUAGCUUAUUUAGGCUACACUUAGCCUAAGUGAUUUUACAGACCGGUUAUGAUGCCUACCAGGAAUGCAUCUGGAGGUGGAGGAAUGCCAAACAAUAAAGUGAAAUAUUCGCGUUUGGCUGACAGUGAUGAGGGCUACAUUGAUCUGCAGUUCAAGAGGGGACCACCCAAAGUUCCUUAUAAAGCGAUCGCCCUAGCGACCUUCCUCUUCCUCAUUGGCUCGUUAUUAAUAAUCAUCGGCGGCCUGCUUCUCUCUGGCUACAUACAGGUGUCGGACCCCAACAGAACGAUCCCUGUGCUGAUUAUCGGAGUGCUGGUCUUCCUCCCUGGGUUCUACCACCUGCGGAUUGCCUACUACGCAUCGAAAGGCUACAGAGGCUACUCAUACGACGACAUCCCCGAUUUCGAUGACUGAGCCGGGGCCCUCUGUGGUCUCUCCUCCCCCUUGAGCACCGGAGUUACUGGAGGUUUGGGGGUGAGGGGGUACAGGUCUUUGACCCCUCCAAACACACACACACACACACACACACACACACACACACGCACAUAUCCUCGGGCCGCAGCUGCCCUCAGCACCUCGCAUGGGUCGCUUCUUCUGUACGUUUACCGCACGUUUCUCCUGACGGACGAGACGGAAACCCCAAGUGGCUUACUAGCACCGCACCCACCUGCAUAAGCUGCUGUACUUUUGGACUGGGCAGUGACUGCGUUAUUAGUGCCAGAACUAGAGUCUUUAUUAUCAGCUGUGUGUAGCCUACGCAGGACAUGCAAAAGCCUCUCUUGUGUUUAUAUGGAGUAUGUAUUAUCAGCCGUGUGUAGCCUACGCAGGACAUGCAAAUGCCUCUCUUGUGUUUAUAUGGAGUAUGUAUUAUCAGCAUCAGCUGUGUGUGUGUGAGCAGGACAUGCAAAAGCCUCUCUGUGGUUAUGUGUUUUGCAGUCCUCUCUCCAAAGAUGCUAGUUGUAGAGGAAAAGGGCUCUCCGUAAUCAAGGACCAUUUUCAAUAUUAUAGCAUGAUUUUUUUUUUAUCAAAGAAAAUCCUGCCGUGUCUAGUAUUAUUGCUUGACCUACAAAUGUAUUUAUAAUUGUCAUUGAAUAAAUAUUUUAAAGGUGA